UUGGAUUAAAUCUUCCUGUUACCAGUUUCCAUCACUCAACAAGCUUUAUCUUCACUACGAAAAAAUGGACUAUUCCAAAUGUUCCCAGUGUGGCUGCUCCCCUUGCAUCUGCAAGACUCCCAGCUGUCCUGAGUGUGGCUGCUCCCUAUGCAUCUGCAAGGCUCCCCUCUGUGCCCAGUGUGGCUGCUCUCCAUGCAUCUGCAAGACUCCCCGCUGUCCUGAGUGUGGCUACUCCCCGUGCAUCUACAAGACUCCCCACUGUCCCCAGUGUGGCUACUCCCCGUGCAUCUGCAAGACUCCCCGCUGUCCCCAGUGUGGCUGCUCUCCAUGCAUCUGCAAGACUCCCUGCUGUCCUGAGUGUGGCUGCUCCCCGUGCAUCUGCAAGACUCCCUGCUGUCCCCAGUGUGGCUGCUCUCCAUGCAUCUGCAAGAUUCCCCGCUGUCCCCAGUGUGGCUGCUCUCCAUGCAUCUGCAAGACUCCCUGCUGUCCUGAGUGUGGCUGCUCCCCGUGCAUCUGCAAGACUCCCUGCUGUCCCCAGUGUGGCUGCUCUCCAUGCAUCUGCAAGAUUCCCCGCUGUCCCCAGUGUGGCUGCUCCCCUUGCAUCUGCAAGACUCCCAGCUGUCCCCAGUGUGGCUGCUCCCCUUGCAUCUGCAAGACUCCCAGCUGCCCCCGGUGUGGCUGCUCCCCUAGCAUCUGCAAGACUCCCCGCUGUCCCCAGUGUGGCUGCUCCCCUUGCAUCUGCAAGACUCCCAGCUGCCCCCAGUGUGGCUGCUCCCCAUGCAUCUGCAAGAGUCCCCGCUGUCCCCAGUGUGGCUGCUCCCCUAGCAUCUGCAAGACUCCCAGCUGCCCCCAGUGUGGCUGCUCCCCUAGCAUCUGCAAGACUUCCCGCUGUCCCCAGUGUGGCUGCUCCCCUUGCAUCUGCAAGACUCCCAGCUGCCCCCAGUGUGGCUGCUCCCCUAGCAUUGGCAAGACUCCCCGCUGUCCCCAGUGUGGAUGCUCCCCAUGCAUCUGCAAGACUCCCCGCUGUCCCCAGUGUGGCUACUCCCCUUGCAUCUGCAAGACUCCCCGCUGUCCCCAGUGUGGCUACUCCCCUUGCAUCUGCAAGACUCCCCGCUGUCCCCAGUGUGGCUGCUCCCCUUCCAUCUGCAAGACUCCCCGCUGUCCCCAGUGUGGCUGCUCCCCUUGCAUCUGCAAGACUCCCCACUGUCCCCAGUGUGGCUGCUCCCCUUGCAUCUGCAAGACUCCCCGCUGUCCCCAGUGUGGCUGCUGCCCUUCCAUCUGCAAGACUCCCCGGUGUCCCCAGUGUGGCUGCUCUCCAUGCAUCUGCAAGACUCCCCGCUGUCCCCAUUGUGGCUGCUCCCCUUGCAUCUGCAAGACUCCCAAGUGUCCCCAGUGUGGCUGCUCCCCUUGCAUCUGCAAGACUCCCCGCUGUCCCCAGUGUGGCUGCUCUCCAUGCAUCUGCAAGACUCCCCCCUGUCCCCAGUGUGGCUGCUCCCCUUGCAUCUGCAAGAUACCCCGCUGUCCUCAGUGUGGCUGUUCCCCGUGCAUCUGCAAGACUCCCCGCUGUCCCCAAUGUGGUUGCUCCCCGUGCAUCUGCAAGACUCCCCGCUGUCCCCAGUGUGGCUGUUCCCCUUGCAUCUGCAAGACUCCCCGCUGUCCCCAGUGUGGCUGCUCUCCAUGCAUCUGCAAGUCUCCCCGCUGUGCCCAGUGUGGCUGCUCCCCUUGCAUCUGCAAGACACCCCGCUGUCCCCAGUGUGGCUGUUCCCCGUGCAUCUGCAAGACUCCCCGCUGUCCCCAGUGUGGCUGCUCUCCAUGCAUCUGCAAGACUCCCCGCUGUCCCCAGUGUGGCUGCGCUCCUUGCAUCUGCAAGACUCCCCGCUGUCCCCAGUGUGGCUGCUCCCCUUGCAUCUGCAAGACUCCCCGCUAUCCCCAGUGUGGCUGCACUCCUUGCAUCUACAAGACUCCCCGCUGUCCCCAGUGUGGCUGCUCCCCUUGCAUCUGCAAGACUCCCAGCUGUCCCCAGUGUGGCUGCUCCCCUUGCAUCUGCAAGACUCCCUGCUGUCCCCAGUGUGGCUGCUCCCCUUGCAUCUGCAAGCCUCCCAAGUGUCCCCAGUGUGGCUGCUCUCCAUGCAUCUGCAAGACUCCCCCCUGUCCCCAGUGUGGCUGUUCCCCGUGCAUCUGCAAGACUCCCCGCUGUCCCCAAUGUGGUUGCUCCCCGUGCAUCUGCAAGACUCCCCGCUGUCCCCAGUGUGGCUGUUCCCCUUGCAUCUGCAAGACUCCCCGCUGUCCCCAGUGUGGCUGCUCUCCAUGCAUCUGCAAGUCUCCCCACUGUGCCCAGUGUGGCUGCUCCCCUUGCAUCUGCAAGACACCCCGCUGUCCCCAGUGUGGCUGUUCCCCGUGCAUCUGCAAGACUCCCUGCUGUCCCCAGUGUGGCUGCUCCCCUUGCAUCUGCAAGCCUCCCAAGUGUCCCCAGUGUGGCUGCUCUCCAUGCAUCUGCAAGACUCCCCCCUGUCCCCAGUGUGGCUGCUCCCCAUGCACCUGCAAGACUCCCCGCUGUCCCCACUGUGGCUGCUCUCCAUGCAUCUGUAAGGCUCACCGCUGUCCCCAGUGUGGCUGCUCCCCUUGCAUCUGCAAGACACCCCGCUGUCCCCAGUGUGGCUGUUCCCCAUGCAUCUGCAAGACUCCCCGCUGUCCCCAGUGUGGCUGUUCCCCUUGCAUCUGCAAGACUCCCUGUUGUCCCCAGUGUGGCUGCUCUCCAUGCAUCUGCAAGACUCCCCGCUGUGCCCAGUGUGGCUGCUCUCCAUGCAUCUGCAAGACUCCCCGCUGUCCCCAGUGUGGCUGCUCUCCAUGCAUCUGCAAGACUCCCCGCUGUCCCCAGUGUGGCUGCUCCCCUUGCAUCUGCAAGACUCCCAGCUGUCCCCAGUGUGGCUGCUCCCCUUGCAUCUGCAAGACUCCCAGCUGUCCCCAGUGUGGCUGCUCCCCUUGCAUCUGCAAGACUCCCAGCUGUCCCCAGUGUGGCUGCUCCCCUUGCAUCUGCAAGACUCCCCGCUGUCCUGUGGCUGCUCCCCUUGCAUCUGUAAGAUUCCGCACUGUUCUGACUGUGGCUUCUUCCUGUGAAUCUGCAAGACUCCCUGGUGUGCCCAGUGUGGCUGCUCUCCUUGCAUUUGCAAAACUCCCCACUGUGCCCAGUGUGGCUGCUGUCCUUGCAUCUGCAAGCCUUCCCCGCUGUUCCAAAUGUGGCUGCUCCCCUUGCUGUUGUCAUCUAUUGAAGUUCUAAGGAAGUUACUUUCUCCCAUCCAUAGCGACCUGCAACCUGCCUGAAUAUCAGCGUGAUGUAUCAUCAACGGAGGAUGGCCAUUUCAAGUCCUGCUGAGCGACUGACUGCUUUUGUUCAUAUGUUCCAAUUACAUGCCUAAUAAUUUGUAAUUCUGUCGAUCCUCAUUUGUCAGAUUCAUUCAUUUAACCCUAAGAAAGAUAUGAUAAAUGCUUCUUGCUUUUUGAAUUCAUGCUAGAAGCUUGACUGUUCUGUAGGUUCUUGGUGUUUGGGAUCAUUUCUGCUUCAGAUAUUCAGCUAGUUUUCUGCUAUUCCAUUCUUUGAUUUUCUACAGGGGAGGCAAUAAAAUCUUGCAAUUGGAAA